CUUUAAAAGAAAUAUUGGCCCGGCAUUUCCCAUUUUUCAUUCCAAAUAGGUAAAAAACAAAAUAACAUUUUUUCGAUAACAAAAUUUUCGAAUUAAGGUUCAUAUAAACUAGUUUCAAAAUAUUUGUCUUCUCUUUGGUUUUGUACUGCUUCUUUUGUAACGGUGUCGAUGGUAUUGCGUUUUUUUUUGUGGUUACAUUACGAUGGAUCGGUAGAAGAGAUUUUGACCCCGUUUUCCUUUUUUUUCUCUCUCUAUUGUUCGGCAGAAGGUCUUCAAGGUGGAUUCAGGGCCGGUGGACUUUUCGACGAAGUGGGAGAAGUCGAUGGGAGAGGAGGACGGCCUAGUGACCUACUCCAGAAUUCAGAUGCAGAUCCGCAGAAGGAUUUGAAGGUAAAACGGCCUCUAAUACACUCUCAACGACAUCUUCAACAGCUGACGAUCGCCCAUUAUGAUGAAGACCGUUACAAGUGAUUUCUGAAUCGCCUUUCUCGCCAGUUGUGUGAUCGUUUGGGCACUUUUCGAUUUCGCAGUCCGUUUUGUAAUUAUGACUCGACGUUGUGAAGUUUUUCGACGCUCUUAUACCCCUUUCGUCUAAGACAAAAGGAUGCACACAAUCCUUAGGAGUAAGCUGUGAAAAGUCCAAGUACAACCGUCCAAAGGAUCGUAACAGAUUUUUAUCGUCAAAAUGCCUCAGGGAUGCACUUGUAACGAACUGUCCUCAAAACCACACCAACAGGGGCAGAGGAAGAUCCAUGUUACUGCCAAGGUUCUAUUCGGCUCAGUCUCGGCAAUAGCAAAUAUGAAAGAGACGGAAAAAUUGCAGAACAAAAGGACCAAAUAGAAUAAUGUUUCGGUUCAAUGAUCUCAGAUUAACGUAACUGUGAUAAGAUAAUAGUUCAUUUAUUCAACUCAGUUUAUGUACGUUUUGACGUUACGUUCUCCCAUGUACCACCAUUCUAUUUAUAUUAUUAAAUCACGUUCAUUCAAUUGAAGUUUGUGUUUUGUUUCAACCUUGAGAUGCAUGGACGUUUUUAUUUAUUCCUUACUUUUCAUAAUGGCUGGGGCGAUGUUCGACGAAAUUCGUCACAUGAAAAUAAUUAUAGAUCACAUGAAAAAUGAAAAGUUAAAUACUUCUUGAGCUUUAUAUUUAUUGUAAUCAUGACACAGCUUUUAGUAUUACUGUUAGUCGUAUAUUUUAUUUCGUCGUGCUUAGGUGACAUCGGGGAGUCGAACAUAGCGAUAAUCUUCCGGACGUUCAUAGAAGCUACCAACACUCACACCUUCGGACUUAGAAUUUCUUACGGAAAGGUGCUUAGCGACUGUCACUCUUACGUCUACGUAUCUUCGAAGAUUGAACCGAUCGAGCCGAAUCUGUUCAAAGUCAGAUUUCCAGACGGGUACGACAACUUUUACAACGUCAUAUCCAUAGACCUGAACGAGAAAUGCGAAUUUUUCGAAGACGAAAAUUCGACGGCUUUCAUGCACGAUUUCGCUUUGUUGUCGCUGGAAGACGGGCCGACCUUGUUGGACAACUACCACGAGUUGGGCUGGCCGUCUCAGUACGUCCAUGCCGAUCUGGAACAGGUCCUCGACGAUUUGGAAAAUACCAACACUAAUGGGCUCACCUGGUUCGCGGAGGAAAAGGCUUCUGGUAACAUCACCGUAUUCAAGACCCCGAUCACAGCUUACGACCGGGAAGGAUGUCUUCGUUACAUGUGCCACAACAUGGUACGUUCUUACUGCUUCGCUUUGAGACUAUGGCUAGAGAAUCGCAAUUACAACUAUAGAUGUGCAAAACUGGAAACGAGUUCGUGUGAAACGAAACAAUUUGUACAUGUCGUGAUAGGAGAUAGCAUUUUCGGUCUGAGUGCAGGAUGCUUAAACGACACUAUUAUUUAUUACGCCAUGGACUUGGAUUAUUCGUUUAUUUUAUCAAAAGCUGAAUUCGAUUAUAGCAGAGUGGCACAUGUGCAAUCAUACGUACCUAUAAUAAUAUUUCUUAUGGUUCUAAAUAUUUUAUUUUUAUAAAAUGCAGCUUUUGCGAUCUAUUUUUUUCAGUAUAGUUGUUUAAUACACAUCUUAAGACCAUCUUUAACAUUUCUUUUCAAUGGUGUUUAUGGACAUUAUUAUAAAACAUUGUAGCAUUUUCAGCUUAUUUUUACUAUUACCGUCGAUGGGUAAAGUCUAGUAGUCAAGUAAUUGGCCUAUCUUUGACUAGGUCCUCAGAAAUUUUAUAUCUACAUUGCAUGAAAAAUUCAUAAAAUAAUAGAAAAUAAAAGGGAGAAAGAUCGGGCCACGAGUAAAAACCGAUGUAAUACUAAUAAAAGAAUACUCAUUUCACCAUUUUGUGCAGAAUUACGAAUUUGUGUCGUUUGUUCCAUUGCUGCCGAACUACAGACCAAAAGGGUUGUAUGUAUGUUCAACGCCAUUUGUCUUGCAUUAUUUAACAAUACAAACAUAAGAAUGACCAAAGUGUGUAAAUACGACAAAACCAAACGAAAACCUUUAAAGCGUGUUUGAUUCUUAAAAUGAACGAAUACAAAUGAUAUAAAGACCAGACCCGUCACAAUAAUAUUUAUA